ACGAGAAAUAAAAAAUAAAAUGCUUUUUUUUUUUUCUUAAGAAAAAGGACAAUUCCCAGCUUAGGGUUUUUAUUUUGUCACAAGUAAGCUAUAACUUUACCAAACUUCGGCAAUCCAUUGGUUUUUUGCUUUCGCUGAUCUUCAGCGAUUCUCCGGCAACAUUUCCGAUCAGGUUGGAGGUAUUAUGUUUGCUGGAUACAUUCUGAGGGUGUUUUGUGAUCUUUGUAGGUUGUGCUAUAUUGGUGCUAUUUCUGAAGGAGUCCUAUUUGACCACCCAUUCUUUAGCAGUAGCUAUGCUACCCACUGGGUUGAAAGAUAACCAACUCCGUGAGAGCAACAGCCAAAAGGUCCACCCUCAACCUAUGGAAGAGUCUAUUAAUCAAAAUCCUGAAGCUGUGGAAGCUUUGAUAUCCAAAAUAUUUACAAACAUCUCCUCCUUGAAGUCAGCAUACAUACAGCUUCAAUCUGCUCAUACUCCAUAUGAUCCUGAAAAAAUCCAGGCUGCUGACAAACUUGUAAUUUCUGAACUGAAGAACCUAUCUGAGCUCAAGCAUUUUUACAGGGAGAACUAUCCAAAACCAGUAUGCGUUUCCCCUCAGGACUCUCGCUUAGCUGCAGAGAUUCAGGAACAACAGAGCCUUCUGAAAACAUAUGAGGUAAUGGUGAAGAAAUUCCAAUCUGAAAUUCAAAAUAAAGAUGCUGAGAUUCUUCAGUUACAGCAGCAGAUUGAGGAGGCAACUCAGAAGCGAGGGAAACUGGAAAAGAAUCUUAAGCUUAGGGGCUUGUCAACCAAAGAAUCUGAAGGUUCUGGAGAUGAAAAUGGAUUUUUUCCGGUGGAUCUCACGCCUGAGCUCUUCAUAUUUGCUGUGGAAGCAGCUUUCAAAGCCAUUCAUGAUUUUUCUAAGCCUUUGAUCAACAUGAUGAAAGCAGCUGGGUGGGAUCUUGAUGCUGCUGCUAACUCUAUUGAACCUGAUGUUUUUUAUGCGAAGAGAGCUCACAAAAAGUAUGCUUUUGAAUCUCAUAUAUGUCAAAGAAUGUUCAGUGGGUUUCAGCAGGAAAGUUUUUCUAUAAAAUCAGACAAUGUGACAUUCACCAAAGAGAGUUUCUUUCACCAAUUUCUUGCACUAAGGGAGAUGGAUCCAUUAGAUGUUCUCGGUCAGAACCCAGAUUCCAUUUUUGGUAAAUUUUGCAGGAGCAAGUACCUGGCAGUGGUUCAUCCAAAGAUGGAAGCGUCAUUCUUUGGAAAUUUCGAUCAGCGAAAUUAUGUAAUGGGAGGUGGGCAUCCAAGAACUCCCUUUUAUCAAGCUUUCUUAAAAUUGGCCAAGUCAAUCUGGCUUCUGCACAGUUUAGCAUAUUCUUUUGAUCCUAAUGUCAAGGUCUUUCAGGUUAAGAGAGGUAGUGAAUUCUCUGAGGUUUACAUGGAAAGUGUUGUGAAAAAUCUGAUAAUGGAUGAAAACCAGAAGCCUAUCGUUGGGCUAAUGGUCAUGCCUGGUUUUUGGAUAGGAGGCACUGUGAUUCAGAGCCGCGUUUAUCUCUCAGGUGUGAAGGUUGCUGAAUAAUAAACAAAUAAAUAAUCUUUGACUUAAUUCUAUGUUGUGUGUUUCGAUGUAUUGUACUCCCUUUCGAUAAUAGCGUGAUGUAAUAUUUGUAAUGAUUGUAAUGUUAAAGUUUUAUUCUGUAGUAUUAAUCUCGUGUGCAUUGGACUAUUUUUAAAGAGCAGUUCAAAAUCAGGGCCAAUUACUUGA